GGGCGGGAAGCCGGGAGGGGGGCGGCGCCAUCUUCCCGCUGGGCCCUGCGAUGGCGGAGCCGUUAGUGAAGGGUCCCGGGACCGACGCUGAAGCCGCCGCCGCCGCUUCUCCGAGUCCUUGCGGUGGGUCGGAGGAGGGCUCUCCCGGCUCGGCGCCGCCCGCGGCUCACGGAGCCGGCUCAGAUCCCGGCCCUGAAGAGAAGAAAGCGGAUCCUGAGCACUUCCUAAAGCCGCCUUCUGGAACAGCUGUUGGCAAGAAGGGGCCGAGUCCCUGUGAGACCAGAGUGGCCACAAGGAGAAGAUCUCAUGGCAGUCCCAGCCCGAGGAAAAGCCCCCUCAGCCCUCGUCUCAAGAGGCUGUCUCCCUGGAGAGACAAUCCCAGGAGAGACCAGGCAUCCAGCUCCUUCCACCUGACCCCGAGGUUGCUGGUGGCUGCUCCUCAGGCCAAGCGUCGCUCCUGGUGCCGCUCCAGCCUGAAGGGGACGAAGCGCAGGAGGUCUCUGCCCCCCCUGCACCAGGAUGUCACUGAGUUAAGCAAAUCCAUCAGCUUGGAUCUGCCAGAGACAGACAGACUUUCUGUGCUGCUCUUAUCCAGUUUCCAGUUUUCUGCACAGAAGCUGGAGCAGGUCUUGAAGCAGACAGAAGGCUUUAGCCCUGAGGCUUUCUCAGCCCAUGCCCAGGCGCUGGCUGCAGACCUGAAUCGACUGGUGCAGAAGAUGAGGCGGGAUGGGACGCUGCAGGGCUGCGUGGAGAAGCCUCAGGGGGUCGUGCUGGAUUCGGCUCUGGACGAGUCGGUGGCCCAAGUCAAAGAGCACAUGGCCAGGUUCACGGCCGAGUGCGAGUCCUGGGACCAGCUGCUGCUGCGCUUCCAGCAGAGCGCCGAGGCCACGGCCAGGCAGCUGGAGCACAGCAGGAAGAGCCCGGGGCAGGCAGAGCCUCCCGACUACCUCCACACCUCCCAGGCCCAGGUCCUGGGCAGCAAACCCAACUACCAGCAGAUCCUGGAUGAGCAGGGCGAGGUCCUGAGCUGCGUGGAGCUGGCGGUGGACGAGCUGCAGCAGGCGGUGAGGCUGCUGCGGGCCUUCGGCGAGGACGGGCGGCAGCGGCUCCGCUGCCUCUCGGAGCAGCUCGCCUCCCGGACGUUCGGGCGCCUGGAGGCGUCCCCGGCGCGGAAGCUGCUGGCGGCCGGGCCGGGGCCGCCCCCGGCGCGCUGAGCUCGGGCUCAAUAAAGGCGGCGGGAGCCGCUUCCCCCGCGCUUCCGCCUUCGAGGCU